AUGGCAACGCGCUCUAAAACAGGCCUCAAAUCCCAUAUUAGAGCGAUCCAUCCUGAGAACCCCACGAAAGACGCACCUCGUACCCAACUCAUCCCUCAACUUGCUUCACUACGCUGCGAAAUUUGCCUACGCGACUUCGGCAACAUUGGAGCUCUCACCUGCCACAAAAAGUUUAAACAUCCACCUGGAACCCCAAUUUUGCCAGCAACAAUACAAGUAACGUUUCCACGCAAUAAGAAACGCCAGCGAGAUACGUCGCCACCGGAGCGUGAAGACAAAGAGAAAGUUCAACGCGGAGUAUGCCAGAAGUUCUACGCACAUCUAGACUCCCUCGUAAUACACUGCAGAAAAUUCCAUGAAGGACAAGGUAUGCCACAAAAAACGAAUUCCACCAAUGGGCAAUACAAGACAACGAAAACACGAGACCUUCCGGCGUUAGUCUGCCCCUCAUGCGGUCGUCAAUGUGUAUUAGUAAGCCAGGCCUAA